CGAGACCAGGGAAAGGGAGGAGCAUCUUCAGAGUCUUCUGUUGUUUAAAUUAAUGUCAACCUGCACUACGCCGGGACACGCAACUUUGAGCAGAUAGUGAAAGUACCUGUGAGCCACUCCACGCUCUUUAAACAUGGCUCGGCGGUCGAGAAACAGUGUUUACAGCAGUGAAGAGGAUGAGGAGGAGACUGAGCUCUAUGAACAUGACUACGAUGGAUCUCUCACCAAGACAGGGAAACGUCACCUUGGCAAAACACGCUGGACAAGAGAGGAGGAUGAGAAUUUGAAGAAACUGGUCGAGCUCCAUGGUUCAGAUGACUGGAAACAUAUCGCAAGCAAAUUAACAAAUCGGACAGAUGUGCAGUGUCAGCAUCGUUGGCAGAAAGUUUUAAACCCUGAACUCAUCAAAGGGCCAUGGACUAAAGAGGAAGACCAAAGGGUGAUCGAGUUGGUCCAGAAGUACGGAGCAAAGCGCUGGUCAGUGAUCGCUAAGCAUCUGAAGGGGCGAAUCGGAAAGCAGUGUCGCGAACGGUGGCACAACCACCUGAACCCAGAGGUUAAGAAGACCUCGUGGACAGAGGAGGAGGACCGGAUCAUCUACCAGGCACACGAAAAGCUGGGCAAUCGGUGGGCUGAAAUUGCAAAGCUCCUUCCUGGCAGGACUGACAAUGCAAUUAAAAAUCACUGGAACUCCACAAUGAGGCGGAAGGUGGAGCAGGAGGGUUACCUUCAGAACACGUCAAAGAACAGCAACUCUUCGCACUCCAUUGGUCACAGCUACAUCAAGCCCAACAGCCACAUCAUGGGUUUCUCCCAUCAUCACUCACCCAGUCAGGCACAGCUGCCUCCACUGUCACCGCACAACUACAACUACAUGACCAACACACACAGAGUGCCCUUCCCCACGGCUUUGCAUUUAAACAUCCUCAACAUCCCCCAGCCUGGAACCGCUGCAAUACAGAGACACUAUGGUGAGGAAGACCCUGAGAAAGAACAGAGGGUGAAAGAGAUCCAACUGCUGCUCAUGUCCACAGAGAAUGAACUGAGAGGACAGCCAUCACUACCAAUGAAUUUGCCCUACACAAGCUGGGUGAGCCAGAGCCUAGAGGGUGUGGCUACGUUGUUACCUCAUCACCAGACAGCUGUCCCCGCCUUACUUCUUGACCAGAGCUGCCUUCCAGAAGAGAGCGCCUCUGCAACAAUCGCCCACAGCAACAAUAAUAACAACAACAACAACAGCAGCAGCUCAACGUUCUCAAGCACUAUUCCAGAGUUCCUGGAUUCUGUCAUUGAUUCAUUUCUCAGCCAGUCGAUGAGCCCUGAACACUCUGACACUGACAGUUUACUAAUGAACUCUCCCGUGGACACCAAGCCUUUGAUUGAGCCUGCUGUAGGGCAUCACAAAGAGAACGACAUGUUCCGAACUCCAAACAUUUGCCGUUCUAUCCUGGAGUCCACGCCACGCACACCCACACCUUUCAGGUCAGCGCUGGCCCAGCAGGAAGCCAAGUAUGGACUUCUGAAGAAUAUCCCUGUGGAUCAGCAUAUGAUCCACGCCAUCAAGCAGGAGCCGAUGGAGUGCACCAUCGAGCAGCCUCCUCUGAAGAAGAUAAAACAGGAGGUGGAGUCACCGUGUGAGAGGAGCCCAUGCAUGCAGUGGGAAACACAGGACCUGCACACACAGCUCUUCUCACCCAACGGCGCUGCACAAGAAGUUCCUGACAUGCUCACGAGCUCAUUACUGAGUGAUGAUGGACACAAAAUCUACCACAUCCCUCUCAGAGGCAUGAGCAGCCCACUACAGCAGCUCAGUUCCUGGGAGCAGACAACAUGUGGGGAAACAGAAGAGCACGUUUUGGCCUCAGAGCAAAGCCACAAGUACAUCAACACUUUCUCCACGAGGACACUUAUCAUGUAGACACAGACUCACGUUGAAAUGGAAACAUCAACACUCAGUGCGCUGGACGCAGCGCAGCGGUUUUUCGUAUUUGUUGUGGUACAACAGUUGGGAGAGGUUUUAUGCCAUUAGUGUUCUUAUACACACACAUACGUUGGAUUUCAACCAACCAAAGACUAAAUUUCUUUUACAUAUUAAAGUUCCAUGUCCGAUUUGCUUUGGGUUUUUUUUUUUUUUUUAAUAAUAUUCAUCUUUUCACCUUUGGUCCUAUCGUUGUAUUGUUAUCACUGUUGUAUUAUAUAUGGGACAUGGUGGAUAUAUAAUUUGCAUUGGGCUGUAUUAUUAUUUUUUUUGAUAUUAAUAUAAAAGAACAAGUUGAUUAAUAUAUUUAAUUUUGUUUUUUGUUUAAUUUUUUUUAUACCAUUGGCCGACGGAGCAGUGUUUUAAGUUAAGUAUUUUAAGUUAAGCCCUGUUAGCAUUACCACAUAGCAAAUGGCAUAUUAAUGAUUUCUGAACUGACCUCAGAGGCUUUACUUUCGUUUUCCUUCUCGUUAAACUGGACUAUAUGGGUCUGGAGAAAAAUUUCAAGCAUUUGCAAUGUGCCUCCGUGUUAAUUGUGAAAAGCAAACUUCUGAACAAGAGCAGCCAUGUUUGGUCCUACAGCCUUAUUCAACUAUGAGGUAAACUGUCUUGAGUAUUACAUGAGUCCCGUGGUUGCACCUUUUUUUAUAAAUAGUGAAUACUUUUGAUACACAACCACUUGUUUUUUUUUACAAACAUUUUCAUUUGUACAAUGUUAUGAUUCCUUGAGCUUUUACCCAGUAAAGGGAAAGACCAUUCUGCACUUGAGUACCAAUGGAAAAGCAUGACUACUGAACACUGUCUUAUUUUUGUUUUUUACAAAAUGCUACAAACAUGAGGCCAGGUGGAACUUUUGUAUGGAUUUUUCUUUUUGGUAUUUUUGUAUAUUCUUAAUGAUUUUUCAAUCCACCUUUUUGUUUUCACACUGAGACUGCAGUAGGCCAUGUCAGACACUUAGCAGACAAUCUGUUUUUCAGAAUUUAAUGUCUCAUUUUUUUACUAGCUUUUGAGAAAUGUGAUCUUUAUAUAUAUAUGGAAAAAAAGCAUUUACACACGCCAAGUUUAUACAUCUUUUUAUACUUUUCUAUACUGCCUAGUUAAUAAAGUGUGUUGUUUUCUUAAA